AUUGAAAAAAAGAAUUUGGUAUAGGCACUAAUCAAUUUCAGGCACAUUAUCUUUCACUUUCUGGUGGCCAAAAUUAUAGAAAGACCAUCGCAGUGUGAGGCUGCAGCAUCUUGCUAUGGAAGACGAUGAGAGUCACAAGGCUGAUGAUAUUUCAAUCAAGAUCAAUGAAAUGUGGGAGAAAGCACAGCCUCUUCAUACAGAUGAAUGCUGCAUCUACAGGGUGCCUCAUGAGAUCCGCAAGAUAAAUGAAGAUGCAUACACUCCAAAGGUUGUUUCAAUUGGUCCUUUUCACCAUGGAAAUGAAAAAUUGCUAAAGAUGGAGGACCAUAAAAGAUUAUAUUGCAAACAAUUCAUUGAAAGAUCCAAGACAAACAAGUUAGAAAGUUUUGUGAAUUGCGUGCAAGAGCUUGAGCAAAAGAUUCGUGAUUGUUACUCAGAUGACAUCAAGCUUAGUAAGGAAGAACAUAUUAUGGUGAUCUUGGUGGACUGCUGCUUCAUAUUAGAGCAUUUACUCUUGUUAGGUCCUGAUGUCUCUUUUCGGUUACCUCAUUUAUCGCAUUAUUUGAAAUAUGAUUUGUUGUUGAUUGAGAAUCAAGUCCCUUUCUUUGUUCUUGAGGAGCUUUACAAUCUAGCUUUUCCUUCUACCUCAAAUCCUCCACUGUUAACUUUCACUCGUUAUAUCCUUCCUGAUGGUAUCUCUCCUGGCAAUAAGGAUGUUGGUAGAAUAGUUCAUUUCACAGACCUAGCAAGAAAACAUCUAUUAUUAUCUUCUACCUUAUCAAUCUCUGAAUGCUCAAGAGAUGGACAGGUAACACACCUCGAUAGUGCAACUAAACUGAGGGAAGCAGGAGUGAAGUUUGAGGUAAACGAAGAUAGUAAAUGCUUACUAGACUUGCAACUUUCUGGCCAUACUCUUAAAAUUCCAUUCUUUAGAGUGGUGGACACUACUGAAGUUGUUUUGAGAAAUUUGUUAGCUUUCGAGCAAUGUCACUGUCUGGACGAAGCCUACCUCACUGACUACAUCUGUGUCAUUGAUUUUCUUAUCGACACAGACAAAGAUGUGGAUUUGCUGAUUAAGAAAGGAAUAAUUAAGAAUUGGUUAGGUGAUAGCAAUGCAGUGGCUAAAAUGUUCAAUGGUCUUGCCGUGAACAUUUUGACUUCAGAUUUUAAUGAGAAAUAUUCUUGUAUUCUUGAAGGCUUGAAUGAGUUCUGUGAGAAGCGUUGGAACAAAAAAAAAGCAUCUUUGAAGCGCGACUACUGCAACACUCCGUGGAGGACGUUAGCUUCUAUUGCUGGAAUUGUUCUGCUUCUUCUCACUAUUGUUCAGACAGUAUUUUCGAUCCUCCAAGUACUCUAGUACUAUAUUAAUGUUUGCGCUGUGUUAUUUGGAUUGGAUUUGAUUGGAUGAUUACGUUAAUGUUCAAUAUGGUGUGGUAGAUUUAAUAUAUUUAUAUUUUGAAAUAUCAACAUGUAUAACCCAUGUGUUUAUUGGAAACCACUUCAUAUGGUAGCUCCCUUUUCUGUAAUUGU